UAAUACACUUAAUAAAGAAAACGUUGCCAAUCAAAAUAUAUUACAAAAGUCGUGUUUAGAUAGGUUGUUGUGAACGUGACGUGAGACGAAAAUCCGACGGCUACAUUGCCUCGUAUCUUUUAUUGCAACAGUGGUUUACAUAACGUGAUCGUGAUGACAUCUCUGGUGGUGACGGCGACUACUUCGGCGGAGGCGGCAGAGUCAUCGACUGCGAGUACGACGGAGACGGUUGUGGCAGCGGCGGCAUCAACAGCAGAGGUAAUCGAGGUGCCGCGGUCGGUUGUGUCGGUGGCUUCCACUUUGCCACAGGAGCCCGAGACCACCGAGAUCGUGGCCAUCUCCCUGAAGAUCCGUCGGGCCCUGGAUUGUCCAAUAUGUCUAACCACGAUGUCCAUCAUGUCGUGUUUCUGCCCUAAUGGGCACGCCAUCUGCCAGUCGUGCAUGCUGACCCUAUUGAACACCAGCACUACUCACGCCCUGUGCCCGCUGUGCCGGACGUCGAUGGUGCAGUCCGAGAGCAUGUCAGCCAUGGUCAUUAAACUGGCCGAGACGACCUCGGCGGUGAAGGUGGCGUGCUCAAACUGGUCGUUCGGAUGCCCCGAUCUGGUUCCUGUUCGAUACGUUAACGAACACGAAUCCGUGUGUCGGUACGUGCCAGAUGUGCCGUGUCUGGUACAUGUGUGUCAGUGGGUCGGCAUGUACGAACAGCUAUACGAACACGUGUCCAACAUGCACCCUGGUGUCACCGUUGAGUCUUCGACAAACCAGCUGAACGUGACCGACCUCCAUACAAUUACGAGGAAUCAGCGCCGGACGUACCUGGUCCGUUCGGCGUACGGCAUGAUGUGGGUACUGGUGUCGCGGGGGACGCGGUCGCGAAUCCAGACGGGGCUGUUCAUGGUGGAUAGCGCUCGGGACGGCCAGCACCUCAACCAACAUAGAUUUAACCCAAAACCACCGGAAUUCUUGUACCGGGUCACGUGGUUCGACGGCAACGACCGGUCCCGGACUAAGAGCAGGACGAAGCAGAUCUUCUGGAGUACGGCCCUGAAGGAGAUCGCGGUCUUUCCCAACGCGUACUCCAUGUUCCGGUUCAGGUCCGGUCGCAUGGAGAUCAGUUGGUUCCGUCGAUACGAUAGAAACAGCCAGGUCCGAAACCAUCCCUCCCAGACUUGAACCGCAUGCAUCAAAAGUCAUGGCGACGAUGUAAUUAACAAUAAUUCGACCACCGAAAUCAGUCUAUGAGUGUGUGUGUGUGUGUGUGCGUGCCAUAAUUGUAUUCAAUAUCAAUCGUCGUUGACAUCAAAAGCACACCGUCGCGGGUCGACUCCUCAACAUUCAAUACGAGAUCGUGUGUGCGUGGGAUUUUGAAUAAUUAUUUGUUUUUAAGUAAUUUGUUUUUAACUGAUCAAUAAAUGAACGUUAUAUUUUAACGAAAUAUAUGGGUGGUAGUGUAUAUAUGCUCACAUUUGAUUUCUUGUUAAGCCACUACGUUUAUAAUUAUUAAAUUUGUGUCUGAUUAAUUUUUCGGUAGAGUUGUUACGACGUCAAAAUUCUCUAUUACACUUAUUAUUACGAAUCCAUUUUACUUGAAUAAUAAUAUAAGUACAACACAACUAUUUAUUCCCUCAACACUGUUCAGUGGCGUAGGAAGACUCAUUAACACCUCUGGCAAACUUGGAAAUGCGCCUUUCUAAAGA